GCCGCCCUAUAUAAAUACGUGGCCGAGGCCGUCUGGUCAGUUUUUCCCGUGCUUUCUUGCCCCCAACCCACCACCGCGCUCGCCCGCGACUGUCACUCCUUGAACACUAGAUCGUACAUAUAGAACAAUGGCCGUCCUCGCUCGCAUCGCCACAUCUAUCCUGUUCGUUGCCGCUGCCCUCCCGGCUGUGCUUGCCCACUCCGGAAACGGCAACGCCAGCAACUGUGCCUCGCACGAGUUCUGGUUCUCGCGCAAGAGCUGCUGCGUGACUCGCGGCGGCGACAGCCACAACCAUGGCAUCCCGCCCCGCGGUAACGAGUGCCCGCGCCAGUGGUACUGGCACAACAGCAUCGGAUCCUGCGUCCCCACGCAGGACCACGACCAGGAGCCUGAUUGCACGCACACCAGCCACGGCAGCGGCUGCAAGUGGAGCAACGACCACGGCUACUGUGUCCCCCCUACGACUACUACGUCCACGACGCCGCCCACUACCACUACCCUUACCCCGUCGGGUGGAUUCAACCACGGCCACGGCAACGGUCACCACCGCGGCAGGCGCUCUCUCGCCAACCGUGAGGUCUCCAGCUGCCCCAAGGGUCUCACUGCGUGCCGCAUCGCUGGCCUGACUAGCGACGACUUCGACUGCACGGACAUCACGACGGACCUCACCGCUUGUGGUGGUUGCCCCUCCCAGGGAGAGGGUCAGGACUGCACGGCUAUCGAGGGUGCCUGGAACGUUCAAUGCUCUGCCGGCGCGUGCGAAGUCCUCACUUGCACGGCUGGCUACACCCGUUCGCUGGACGGCACGAGCUGUGUUGCCCUUUAAGCGGGAUGAUACCCAAUCCCAUGGACCAUCUAUGAAGGCCGAUUACUAUCCUUCUGUCUAUCUUUCUCUCCCGACAAUCGCCAAAUUGGUUGGCUUGACUGGACUUCUGACGCCUGUACGUAUGUUAGGCUAGUUUAUUGGUACCUUUUGUGUCGUGGGCUGUAUGUCUAUUCGUGCCGUUGUGCUCUACGUUGCACCCCCUGUUGAUAGCAUCUGUAGCCACGGUGUUACGGGCUCCGCUAGAAUCUAUGCCGGUUCUCGCAUGGUUUAAGCGCAUUCCUUGCUGUUGUACAAUAUGCAGGACGGCCUUUGGCAAUCACAUUUCACCUUGGCGUUGCCGAACGAAGCCGGUCGCGAAUACCGGUAAUGCUUACAAGGUCAGCGGCAUCCUCUCCAGCAUCUCUUCGCCUGCUGAUUUGUCGGCCUAGU